AUGAGACGAGGAAGUGAACUACAAAUUGGCUUUUGUCCUGGUAUAUCUGCACAGUUUUUAAAGCAGCUUUGCAGUUGCUAGUUACUCAACGCUGAAAAGGCUGAGAAAUGAUCGCCAAGAUAUUUGCAAUCUGGGCCCUUCUUGCCACAAGUGCAUAUAUAUCAGUCUCCACUGAGGAGUGUACGACCCGGUGGUUUGACCGCGAUGAUCCUAGUGGAAUGGGAGAUUAUGAGCUUUUGGCUGAACUGCUGACUGCUAACCCUGGGGACAUUUGUCCUAUUCCAACCGGGAUAGAAGCUCGGACCAUUUCUGGGGUUUCCGCAACUCAAACAGGAAACGUAUUUCAAGUAUAUGAUGCCACCCAUGGAUUAGUUUGUGUAAAUGCAGCCCAAGGAAGAGGGCAUUGUGCGGACUAUAAGGUGCGCUUUAUCUGUCCGGAAGAGUUUUGUUCAAGCUGUAGGACACCUUGGAUAGACCGUGAUAACCCUGGAGGCGUUGGAGACUUUGAGACCCUCGAUCGUAUUCAGAUAGAAUACCCUCUACAGGUCUGCCCUCAACCCAUCGCAAUUGAGGUCACAACCCUUAGUGGGACCCAAAUACAGCAGACUUUAAGCAUUUUUCAAAUAUUUGACCCUCUACUGGGCUUUGCCUGUGUAAAUGGGAAAGUGUCAUGUCAGGACUACAGGGUUCGUUUCACUUGUCCACAAAGUUUUUGCCAAUCAAAGUGUGUAACUCGUUGGUUUGACCGUGACGAUCCCAGUGGAAAUGGAGACUAUGAAACUUUGUCUGAUCUUCUCAAUGAAUAUCCUGGGUUAAUAUGUCAGAAUCCAAUCGGAAUAGAGGCUCAGACCGUCUCUGGCCUACAAGCUUCUCAAACUGGAAACAUCUUCCAAGCGUAUAAUACUGUCUCUGGGUUUGCUUGUGUGAAUGCAAACCAAGCAGGAGUGCAUUGUCUGGAUUAUAAAGUGCGCUUUCUCUGCCCAGAUUCAUUUUGCUCAAUUUGUAGGAAACCCUGGAUAGACCGGGAUAACCCUGGAGGUGUUGGAGACUAUGAGACUUUGAUAAAUAUUCUGGCUGAAACUCCAGAACGGGCCUGCCCUCAACCCAUUGCCAUUGAGGUUGCAACCAUUAGCGGGACCACAGUAAUGCCAACUGGAAACAACUUUGAAGUAUAUGAUCCAUUACAUGGCUUUGCCUGCAAGAAUACACAGCAGAUUGGAGGCGUCUGUCAGGACUACAAGGUCCGCUUCACAUGUCCAAAGAAUUUCUGCUAAAUUUCUGAGCAUACUAAAUGAAUUGCUACAAUUUACAAAACACUGUUUGAUUAAAAUAACAAUGAUUAAAUCAAAA